UUUAACAUGUAGCAUAAUUCUUUCAUCUCUUUCACUUGACUUCUUGUGCGUAUGACCUGCGACGCACAGCGUACAAGCUGACAUGAAACAAUAUCCUGUAUCUUUCUGGGGCCAAACAGAAUAGGGCAGAAGUUAAGGAGCCGAACGCACAAGUCUUCCCAACAGGGGGGAACGAAAAGCGCUAAACCGAAACUCUUCAUAUCUUCGCCCAAAGCCCUUGUACAUAAAAAGCUGCACAAAAAUCUCAUCUCCAAUUUCAUUCACUCGUCAUUCGAAGAACUCACAAAGCUCAAAAAACAACACAGGAGAGUCGACUCUUCGAAAGUGUUUUCGUUCUGUUUCUCUAUCCGUUUUUACAUCUCUAUAUACAUGUAGCUCUCCUAAGUCAUCUGAUUUAUUCCUCAAGGUGCGAUCAGUUUGAUCAAGAUGGCCAAUCCACAUAAUGUUGAGUUGGAGGCAGCAAAGUUUCUGCAUAAGCUUAUUCAAGAGUCCAAAGAUGAGCCGACAAAAUUGGCUACAAAACUUUACGUGAUUUUACAACAUAUGAGAUCCAGCGGGAAGGAGAACUCGAUGCCUUAUCAAGUAAUAUCAAGGGCCAUGGAGACUGUCGUCAAGCAACAUGGUCUUGACAUUGAGGCUUUAAUGUCCGCACGUCUUCCUAUGUCUGCGGCAGCACAAGUAGGAGAAGCUGCAUCAUCACUAGUAGCUGGAUCUUCACAGAGGCCGGGGAUCACUAGAGACUCUAAAGCAAAUUUGCUGGGAAAUGAGAUGGUUAAACCAGAUGCAUAUGCUUCAAGCAGUGCAGUUAGCGGUCCAAGCGGCAGCGGACACGGUAUUUAUCAAGCAUCUGCACCCCACAUAAGUGGUACAGGUGCCAAAGUUCCUGUAAUGGCACCUUCUGCAUCUAAUUCUUCUCAGCUAGUAGAACCAGGAAUUUCAAGUCAAAUGCAGUUUGGAAGUCCUUCAAUUGAUAAUCAUGGUUAUGCAGCAAAAUUGCACAAAGGUGGAAGCACAGAACCUCUCUCUGGUUCCACCUCGGUUGAUCUUGUUGCUGGCAGAAGUGCAGCAGGAAGAGCAGUAGAACAAGAAGGGGGAUCUCAGGGGGGCAUGCCCAACCAUGUCCCAGAGAAGAGUGUACUUAGAAGUGAAACAAUCAGAGAUGCAGGGAAGUUGCCUAGUGCUGCUCAGGCUCCUGUAUCUGCCAUGCCUUUCAAAGAACAUCAUUUGAAACAGCUUAGAGCACAAUGUCUUGUGUUUCUGGCUUUUAGGAAUGGUUUAAUUCCAAAGAAGCCUCAUCUUGAAAUUGCACUUGGAAACGUCUAUCCCAAAGAAGAUCGCAGAGAAUUGGUUGACCAUAAAGGAAGGGAGCAACUGGUUACUGACCAAGGCUGUGCAUCUGAAGUCACACGGACAGUUGGAGGAGCUGGUGAAACUGACAGGCUUUUUUCUGGCCCUACGCCUUCUGGAGUUCUUGCCGAAACAAAUUCGUCAAUGGAGGCUGAGAAUACAAACUUGAUGGAAGAUAAUGGUCAACUUGAUCCGACUGGGCAUGCUGACGAAAGGAGACCUCAAAGAAAGAUGAGAAUGAUUCAGGAUGCUGAAGUGCCUAUCCAAGAUGCCACAGAAUCACAGGCAUCGGCUCUUAGAGGAGUUCCAACUGAUUCGAAAUCCUUGCCUCCCUAUAAUCAUGAGCAUGCUCUUGCAAAUACUGAACAGUUUGGAAUGUUUCCCCAAGUUUCCUCUUUUAUGGGCACAAGCAAGCAAAUGACUGUCAAUACCCAUGUAUCGGGCCCGCUAAUGAAAGAUAAUCAAAAUCUUGUUGAUAGCAAUGCUCCAGGAAAUCGACAUGCUGAUAGUAACUUGCCUAGUUUACCCUUAAGGCAACAGUGGAAAUCUGUUCCUGGAGUAACUAAUCAGAGUCCUGCAACAAUGCAAGUGAAGGAUUCAAAUAUAAUGCUGAAAAAUCUGUCUCAAGUGCAAGAAACAGAUCAAGAGGAUGAAAAUAUUUCAGCAUCCACGGAUAGGUUAUCAUCUCCACGGCAUACAAUGAUGGAGAAAUGGAUUCUGGAUCGACAGAAAAGGAAACGUAUUAGUGAACAGAAAUGGUCGGAAAAACAGCACAAAACAGAAGAAAGAAUUGCUGCCUGUGCAGAGAAGUUGAAGGAAUCUGUGAGCUCCUCUAAGGACAUCUCUGCAAAAACGAAAAGCGUCAUUGAGCUGAAAAAGCUUCAAUUGCUGGAGCUGCAGCGUCGUAUACGGAGUGAAAUUCUCAACGAUUUUUUCAAGCCAAUAGCAACUGAUAUGGAGCGCUUAAAAUCUAUCAAGAAGCACAGAAUUGGGAGGAAAUCAAAGCAAUUUGAAAGAUAUGAACAAAGAAUGAAGGAAGAGCGUCAAAAGAGAAUUCGUGAGAGACAGAAGGAAUUUUUCAGUGAGGUUGAGGUUCAUAGGGAAAGAUUGGAAGAUAUAUUCAAAAUGAAGAGGGAACGUUGGAAAGGUUUCAAUAAGUAUGUGAAAGAGUUCCAUAAAAGGAAAGAACGGAUACAUCGUGAGAAGAUUGACAGGAUUCAGCGUGAGAAGAUUAAUUUACUGAAGAUCAAUGAUGUUGAGGGAUACCUUAGAAUGGUUCAGGAUGCUAAGUCGGAUCGUGUUAAACAACUACUAAAAGAGACGGAAAAGUACCUCCAAAAGCUUGGAUCCAGAUUAAAGCAGGCUAAGUCAACUGCGAAAAAAUUUGAGGCUGACAUGGGUGACAAUAGAAACUCAGGUGUGGUUGAGGAGGAUGAAAUUAACUUUGGUGAUGAGGAUGAAACAGACCAGGCUAAGCAUUACUUGGAAAGCAAUGAAAAAUACUAUAUGAUGGCACAUAGUGUAAAGGAGACCAUCGCAGAGCAGCCUAAUUCUCUCAAAGGUGGAAAAUUACGAGAGUACCAAAUGAAUGGAUUGCGAUGGUUGGUUUCUCUCUAUAAUAACCAUUUGAAUGGAAUUUUAGCUGAUGAAAUGGGACUCGGUAAAACUGUUCAGGUUAUAUCUCUAAUGUGUUACCUGAUGGAAACCAAAAAUGACAGAGGACCUUUUCUGGUGGUAGUGCCAUCCUCUGUCCUACCCGGAUGGGAGUCAGAGAUAAGCUUUUGGGCACCAGAUAUGCUCAAAAUAGUUUAUUCUGGACCGCCAGAGGAGCGGAGGAAGCUUUUCAAGGAAAGAAUUGUUCAUCAAAAGUUCAAUGUUCUUUUGACGACAUAUGAGUAUUUGAUGAAUAAACAUGAUAGACCAAAACUAAGUAAAGUACAUUGGCACUAUAUCAUAAUUGAUGAAGGGCAUCGCAUAAAAAAUGCUUCUUGCAAGCUGAAUGCUGAUCUGAAACACUAUCGCAGUAAUCAUAGGUUGCUGUUGACGGGAACCCCUCUUCAGAACAAUCUUGAGGAACUCUGGGCACUACUUAACUUCCUUUUGCCAAAUAUCUUCAAUUCAUCAGAAGAUUUCUCACAAUGGUUUAACAAGCCAUUUGAGAGUGGUGACAGCUCACCUGAUGAAGCUUUGCUCUCAGAGGAGGAAAAUCUUUUGGUCAUUAACCGCUUGCACCAAGUUCUGCGUCCAUUUGUACUUAGGAGAUUGAAACACAAGGUUGAGAAUGAAUUGCCCUCAAAGAUUGAAAGACUGGUUAGAUGUGAAGCUAGUUCAUAUCAGAAGCUUUUGAUGAAGCGAGUGGAAGACAACCUUGGUGCCUUCGGAACUUCAAAGGCUCGCUCGGUCCACAAUUCUGUUAUGGAGUUGCGCAACAUUUGCAAUCAUCCUUAUCUUAGCCAGCUUCAUGUGGAGGAGGUUCAUGAGUUAAUUCCUAAGCAUUAUCUCCCAACCAUUGUGAGACUUUGUGGGAAGCUUGAGAUGUUGGACAGACUACUGCCUAAACUUAAGGCAACAAAUCACCGGGUCUUGCUUUUCUCAACAAUGACCAGGUUGCUUGAUGUGAUGGAGGAUUAUCUCUGCUGGAAGCAAUAUAAGUACCUUCGCUUGGAUGGACAUACGUCUGGGGGCGACAGAGGUGCCCUUAUUGAUAAAUUCAAUCAGCCUAACUCUCCCUUCUUUAUAUUUCUGUUGAGUAUUCGUGCUGGAGGUGUUGGUGUAAAUCUUCAAGCUGCUGAUACAGUUAUAAUUUUUGACACGGAUUGGAAUCCCCAGGUUGAUCUCCAAGCACAGGCGAGGGCUCAUAGGAUAGGUCAAAAGAAGGAUGUUCUUGUUCUUCGAUUAGAAACGGUCCAAACCGUUGAGGAGCAAGUUAGAGCUGCUGCUGAGCAUAAACUUGGAGUUGCUAACCAAAGCAUUACUGCUGGAUUCUUUGAUAAUAACACAAGUGCGGAAGACCGAAGGGAGUACUUGGAGUCCCUCUUGCGAGAAAGCAAAAAAGAGGAAGCUGCACCUGUUCUUGAUGAUGAUUCUUUGAAUGAUCUUAUAGCACGAAGUGAGCCAGAGAUUGACGUAUUUGAAUCAGUUGAUAGGAGAAGGCGUGAAGAAGAGAUGGAAAUAUGGAAGAAGUUGUGUUCAGAGAAUGGAACACAAAGUUCAGAACUUAUUCCUCCAUUGCCCUCUCGGCUUCUUACUGAUGAUGACUUGAAACCAUUCUAUGAAGCAAUGAAAAUAUCUGAUAAGCCAGUUGUGGCCCCUAAUCCUGGGCUAAAAAGGAAGGGUGAGAGUCUUGGGGGUCUUGAUAUCCAACAUUAUGGACGUGGAAAAAGAGCAAGAGAGGUUCGCUCUUAUGAAGAGCAAUGGACGGAAGAGGAAUUUGAGAAAAUGUGCCUUGCUGAGUCUCCUCAAUCACCUAGUGUAAGGGAAGAAAUUCAGGAAAAGAAUUUCCCUCCAGUCUCUGGUACUUGUCAUGCCCCUGUUGUUGCCAUUAGUGAAAUACGAACCGCAGCACCGAAUCCUCUCGAGCAGCCUGUCCAAGAACUUCCUCAACAGUCUGUGCAAGAACUUCCCCAACAACUUGUUGGGCCCAUAGUUCAACAAAGCCCUGUGACUGUGACUCCGCCAUCUAAACGGGGCCGGGGAAGGCCAAGGAGGACGGCAAUAGUGACUGAAAUUUCACCAUCCCCGGCUGUUAUUUCAGCAAGUGCAGCUAGUGUAAAGGUGGAUAGCACUACCAUUGCAGAAAAUGCGUCUACCAGUCAGGCAACUUCUGGGCCUGUUUCUGUGUCUUUUCCUUGUGCUUCUUCCGUAGAAAGUACCAGCGCAACCAUCCUACAGAAUGUUACUGGUGUUGCUCCCAGUUACCAGUCAACUGUUCCUUCUGUUGCUGUUGCCUCUCAGUCUGGUCCUCCUUGCCCUCCUACAAGUGGGCAGGGAAGGGGACGAGGUAGAGGUCGAGGCCGAGGUCGAGGUCGAAAGCCUCAAACUGGAGGAGAAGCUCCAGGACGUAGAGGAAAACAACAGAAUGUUACAGCAGAGGUUUUCCCCACCCCUCCAACUCAAGCAGCCAGUGAGCCUGUCUCUGCAGUGCAAGGUGUAAAUUUUAUGAGUUCUAGUUACCAUAUGCUCUCAACAUCUCCUGCAGUUGGUGAGCCUGAUGUGGUGCCACAGGUAGUGGCAGGUUUGGGUUCAGAAAACCUUGGGCAUGCUCCUGCUUCCGCGAGAGAUGCAAGGAAGGAACCGAAUUCUGUUGUGCCCCUUGCAGCAUCUUCCACUAGCAAAGAAUUAAGCAUUGUUUCGACUGUUUCUGUCAUCCCCUCAUCUUCUGCCAGUCAAAACUCUUGUUCAAUUUCACCUGCACCUGUCCUUCAAUCCUCCGCAAGAAACCCUUCUGAAGACCAUAUUUCCCUCUCUGCUGCCCAGACCGAAGCUACUCUGCAGGGAAACACAAUUUCAGUAGUGCCUUAUAAUUUACCUUCAGCUGGCAAGGAACCAAGUCCUGUGUAUCCUGUUCCUGUUCAUUCGUCAACUUCGAAGGACUCCAAUUCAGUUUUACCUGCAUCAUCUUCUACUUGCGUGGAACUAAGUUCAGUUUGCCCUCUUCCUCCUGUGGCAUCCUCUUCCAGCGCAAGUCCAAAUUCAUCUGCACUUGCUCCUCUUCUUUUAGCAUCUGUUGCAACAGGCAAAUUAGAUUCUGGAUCAGAUAAAGGGGCAUUUUCUUGCUCUGUAAUUUCAGGUAAUGAUUCUGCAUGUGAUUCUUCUAACUUGAAGAGCAUUGGUCAACAAGAAUCUGGUGUAGUAACUGCUCAUACUUCUGAUCCAGUGCCACCACUGCCUGUGAUUUCAUCAGUUUCACAGUAUAGCACUCCUCCCACUGCACCUAAGCCAGGUAGAGGAAGAGGGCGCAAGCCUCAAACUGGAAAUGAGGCACCACGUCGCAGGGGGAAGAGGCAGGAUUUGGUUACUGCAGCUGUUACUGAGGGGUUAGAUGCUCAGGAUCAAAGAUUAAUUGAACCCCCACAAAAGAGAACCCGGUUAUCUGUUGGGCGGAAACCCACUACGAGAAGCAAAUGUGAGGAUGGAACUCAACAAGUAGUAGACCAGUCGGUUUCAUCUCAAAAGACUCCAGAUUUUGCUGGUGGACAAAUCCCUAAAAAUAUGAGUGAAGUUAAUUCACAGAACAAUGCUGUCAACCGAAAUGCAUCUCAACCCCAUGCUAUUCUGGUUCCUAGUCAGGUGGGUGAUAAUGUAAACCGUGACAUUGCUACUGCUGAAGAGGUCCUCGAUGAUGUUCAGCAAAAGAACACUCUGGCUGAAUAUGUUACAUCUCAAAGUUGCUCUGGUCCUCAUGUUGAGCUUCAGAUUAGCAUGGUCGACUCUGAUGAUUCUCGUGCCCAGGACGUGCAGGAACAAACAGCUAUUGUCCAGUCAGAUGCAUCUCAAAAGAUUCCAUCUCCUGGCACAGGACAAAUCCCUCAAGCUAUGGCGUGUUUUGAAGUUGAGCUACAUAACAAUGCUAUCAAAUCCGAUGCAUCACAAGCCAGUGGUGAUGUUUCUAGCUGUGGAGCUGCUACAAGAAAUGAGGUUCUCAGUGAGGAUCAACGCACGGUGAAGAUUCAGUCAGCUGCAUCUCAGAUGUCUUCAGUUCACUCUGUUGGGAGAAUGCCUGAAGAUACAGUGGGUAAUGAAGUUCAGCCACAGUUUGAUGCUAUCCGGACAGAUGCAUCUCAAUCCCACGUUGCUCUAGCCUCUUCAGGAUCAAAGGCUCCGGUUACUGAUUGUCUGGCUGAAAAGAGUGAUGGUAAUUCUAAGGGUGAAUGUGUUGAACAGACUGAAACCAAUUCUAAAGAUGGGUCAAGCAUGGACAAGAGUGGAGAUGCAGAACGGAAAGCUAGCAGCCGUUUAAACGGGGUUCUUCUCACAAGUUCUGAGUUAAUUCCCUGUCCAAACAUAAAGGAAGAGGUAUAUCUGGGUUCUGAUGGCUCCGGGAAAGUAGGUUUUAAUUUGGGAUCAACUCAAACCCUGUCUGAGAGUGUGUCCAUAAAAACCGAUGUUGAACAGUUGCAGACUGAGGAUCUUUCUCUGGAUGAUUCAUUUGUUUCCAAAGCCGAGUCAGCCAGCAUUGAGCAUCUUGCCGAUGGCACUCUCAGAAAAGAACAGGAAAAAGUAGACACCACGGAGGAGGAGACUGUAGUUUCUCCUGCUGUGGGGACUGACAAUCAGAAUAUGAAGGGAAUCACAUUCUCUGCUUCUCCAUCUACUGGGGCAGAAGCUUUAGUGGAUGAAUCUCCACUAUGCGGAUCUUAUAAACCAGCUAAGGACAAACUUGAAGUAGCACCAGAAGAAACACAUGCUGAUAUGGCCGAGGUUUGUGGACUAGAUAGGUCAUCAGUUAAUGCAUCAUUGAAGACAACUAAAGAUUUAAGUAGUGCAGAGAAAGAAAAAUAUAGGAUUCCAGAAACUUUUGAGAAGCAAGUUAAUGUUGCUGACUCCUUAACAGAAAAAUGUGGAAGUGAUCUUGCAGCCGAAGGUCCAGAUAUGAAAGAUUCUGAUAUAAGUGAGGUUGCACUAAGCCCUAAGUCCCAAUCCAGUUUCCUUGUUGGAACAUCUCAAAGUGAACCUGAAGGACAAGCAAUUGCCGAAGCAAACUUGGACCCAGAGACUUUUCCCAGCACAGAGUCUGGUGCUCAGAAGGAAUCCCUUUCACCUAGGCUUGCUUCAAAUGCUGAGGCUAUUGAGGCUCUAACAGAAAAGCUUUCCAGCCGUCACGACACAAAUUAUGUAGCUGAAUUACAGGGUAACUUGAGCUCUGUUGUUAAGGAUGACCUUUCUAAUUCUGAAGCUACUGUGUCUCAACUGUGUCCAGCUGCUGGGUCAUCUGGGAAUCACCCAGAAUUAAAACAGGUCGUGGUGAAAGACAUGAGAACUGAAAUUUGUGAGGAGUCUGCUUCAGAUGGAGUUGAUGAUAUUGAACCGCAGCAAACAGAGAAGGCUGACAGUCAGUGUCGCGGUGAUUUGUCUGUUGAGACGCAUGACAGUAAAAUAUCUGAAGGUAAUGUUGAUGUUUUAAAUAGUGAAUUAAAUAAGCCUUUAUCCAGCACAAUUGCUGGAACAUCUCAAAAGGUGGCAGAUCUGGAGUUAGUUGCUGAGGAAAACACUCGGAGGAUAAGUGAUGGCUUAGUAGAUUCAGGUCAGGUGGCAGAAAAGUCUGAGCAUAUGGCAAUCCGUGAUCUUACUGUUGAAGGACGAGAGAGUAAGGGAACUGAUACCAGCGGAGAUAUUUCAACAUUAAAAAAUGGGGUGGAAUCACAAUCUUCUGUUGUAGAAAAUAUAGAAAAGAUGUAUAACAAGUCAGUAGCGUCAGGGAAGGUAAUAACUACCGAACCUCUGAUAGAAAGGUCUGAGCAUUUGCAUGUCCUAGACCGUGCAAUUGAAGUACAAGGGAACAAAGGAUUUGAUGCCACUAUAUGUGUUUCAAUAUCAAAUUCUGAGCUAAAUGAAGCUCAACCUGGUGGAACCUCUCAAAUUGGGACAGAUAUGCAGUUUGUUGCAGAAGAAGACCCAAAGAUAAUGAAUAAGGAGAAUACUUUACCUGAUGCUACAGCUGUUGAGCCCCAACCAGCUAUGUCGGAGAAUUUGAGUAUUCAAGAUCCUGAAAAUCAACUACCAAAGAACCAGCAAUCUGAUGCAACUGAAGAUUUUUUGACUUCAAAUAGUGAACUUAAUGAAUCUCAACUGAAGGCAGCAGAUGAAACUGAUGAAAUAGCGGUGGAUUCUCAUUUGGUUCCCAAACAAAACAUGGAAAUUUGUGUGGAUGUUGCUAUAGGGGAUGAUACAGCCAAAAAUGCUGCAGUAGGGAAGUCUGAAAACUUUCCGUCUAUAGGUGUUUCCCUUGAAGAAAAAGGGAAGAAAGAAUCCGAUGUAACAGAUGAAAUUUCCAAUUCUGAACUCAGUGACCCUAAAACUAGUCAAUCUACAAUUGAAGUGAAAACACAUUUAAUAUGUGAGAAGUCGGGAAUGACUGUCAAGGAGGUAGCUUCACUUGAAGUUGAAGUAGUUGAGACUCCAUUCAGAGAUAUGCCUGGUGGUUAUGGCAGAGACUUCACAGUUGAUGGACAAGAAAAAGAGAAGUCUGCCGCAAGUAAAAAUGUUGCUAACCCCCAGAAUGAAGAGCCUAAAUGUAGUCCAGGUGCUAGAGCUGCUGGUGAUGGGGCAGAAUCACAAUCGGUUGCUGAGAGCGACUCCAAGACAGUUCUGACCAAGGAAGAUUUUUCAGGCAAAGAAGAGAAGUUCAGUAUUUGGCCAGCUGGAGAUGAAGAUGUGCCAACUGCAUCAGAGUAUGCUGAUCAAGAAUUGUCGUCUGCUACAGGGGCUGGUGAUAAGACUGGCCACGGAAAUUACUGAUUCCUGAUCUCACAUUCUCCUGUAUUUAAGUCAGUCAGUAGAAGAUGGAAUCAUGCAGCUUAUUUAAAAUGCACUAGUGAGAAGAGGUUCAUUUUGACAAUCUUUGGAGAGGGUAGGGACUGGUAUAAACUAGCAAUAGUUCCUCAAGGAUCUUAAGUAGUUCAUUCGGAUUUCACAGCAUAAGUUGUGAAUUAAUCUUUGUUGUCAACGAGAAGCUAAGUGCCUUUUCACCGAAUCAGGUGACGGAUGAGCUGGCUUAGCAUGUCCUUAGAAUUAUGGAAAUCUGCAUCUUCAAGGCGGGUGGUUCAGGCAAUAUAGCAAGGAAACUGGUUGGGACGCCUAAUUCGCUGUAAAUAGUGAUGUGUCGUAGUUAUUAGCUCAUUUUCUCCCCUCCCUCUUUACCCGGGGUGAUUGCACUAUAACCUCGUCCAAAAUCUCUGGCAGCUGUAUCAAUAUUGUUCCUGUUUAGUCAGAGGCUCCUCUCUCUCAGUUAAUUUUUGAAUUUUCUCACACUUCAACUAUUUGUUUACAUCAUAUGUGACGUUUAACUAAUGAAAAGUGGGUAAGAUUAUCCUCAA